GUUGCCGCGCGAAAGUGGUCAAGACGAGUGCCAUGCGGGCAGGUGUGGUGGUGGUGGGAGGUGGGAGGCAUGACAACAAGGCGGUGCAGGCGGUGGAGGUGAUGGCCAAGCCACGCCACGGCGCCGCCGCCGCCGCCAGCGGCUCGGCCCUGCGCCCCUACACCUACACCUUCUGCCUGGAGCGACUGGAGAAUGGUCCCUGCAAGGACUGCUGGAUGGUCGCCGGUGUGCGGAUGGGCAACUAUGCGCUGUAGCUAUGCCUGAUGGACAUAUAUACGGAUUGAGAUGCUGAUAUGUGGCAUGCUUUCAAAUGGACUUGUCAAGGCACCUUAUGAGGGUGCCGGUGCUCGUGCCAGCAUCGUGUGUGGCAGAGAGCACAAGAGAAGAUUCCGUGAUUGCUGCAGUCAUGUGUUUCAACCCAAUACCUACCCAACGUCUACCCUCGAACGCUCAGCUCGCUGUGGUGGACGCGGAGUCUGUGGCUAGCUGUAUGGGAGCCCCAAUCUGCCCUGUGCCGGCAAGGCCUCGUCCUGUCCUGCGCCAGGCUGCCAGUCUCGUGCAUGGAUCUCGAUGCUUGCCAGUCCAAGUUAUGGCCUGGAGGUUUGGCGGCAAGACCAAUCGCAAACGCGCCGCCAUGCUGCUUUGCUGUAGCGACAUUUGCUUU